AUGCAGAUAGCAGUGUAAUAUGGUGAGAACCGUCCAGCUGCAUCAAAGUCUCUCAGCUCUUGUUAUGGUUGAAUACUGAGUUGCUGCUUCAUGUAUGGACGGCCGUUCUGUCUCAGCUAAAGCUGACAAGAAGAACAUUUAUCAUGACUGACCAGGGGCUGCUACUCGCUGUUGGUCUGUCCGUCGGUCUGCUGCUGCUAGUGCUGCUGCUGAUUCUGACAAUGUGCUGGCUGAGGAUGAAGAAGAACAAGCAGGCUCAGUAUCAGGAGCUGAUCGGCACGGCGCCAUCAGUACCGCUGCACUCUACUCCGGUGAUCCCUGUGUCUCAAGGCGUCUGUGCCAGGCCUGAAGAAGUCCCUUUCUCUUUACCUCCUCGCUUCAUUCCACAAAAUACCGGGUGUCUGAGAGAUGAUGAGAGUGAGGAGAAAGCAAAGAAAAUAAGGAUGCAGACGGACGUCCGGCAGGAUGUUCUGGCUCACCGUGGGUCCCUCUCAGUAGGAAGUUGGUACCCAGUGGGGUCGGUGCUGGCAGGUCUGUACUCCGUGGCCCCUCUGAACGAGGUGGUGGCCCCCCCUCUGGGCAUGGCCACUCGCCUCUGCUUCUCUGUGGAGUACCGACACAGCAGCGAGCAGCUCCUGGUCUCCUUGCUCCGCCUCGGCAACCUCCUCCCCCGUUUCCACAGCAACAUGACGCUGGUGGAGCUCCGGCUUCUUCCCGACGACAGGAGGCCCCGCCAGGCCAAGGCCCGGGGAACGGGGCCCGACCCGGAGUUCAACGACUGCCUGAUUUUCCAGGUAUCAGCGGUGUGUGUGCUGCGGAGCACCCUGAGUGUGUGUGUGCUGAGCGUGCAGAAAGACGGUAAACGACACGCCGUGGGCCGAGUGUUGUUCCCCCUGGAAGGAGAGCUUGGUCAGGCUGGCCGAGUGCUCUGGAGAGACCUGGACCCUGAGGAGGAGACCCAGUGCUCAGAGCUGGGUGAUGUGCAGGUGUCCCUUAGCUACAGCUCACCUCUGCAGCGCCUCUCAGUGGUGGUCCUAAGAGCUCGAGGCCUUCAGCUGCUCACAGAUGCAGGUGUGUGUGUCCAGGUGAGCUUGCAGAUACACACGCAGAUGGUGAAGAUGAAGAGUAGCUGUGUGGUGAGAGGCGAACAGGAUCCCAUCUUCAACUACAGGAUGACUUUUAAACUGCGACCGCAGCACUUGGACGAGGCCUGCUUAAGAUUCGAGCUGCAGCAGCCAAAAGACCGGCGCUCAGAACCUCCAGCCCUGCUGGGAGUGCUGGUGUUGGGUCCCUUCAUGUACGCCAGGGGUCUUCAGCUGCAGCACUGGAUGGACAUGAUCAACAACACGCAAGAGCCGGUCAGGAUGUGGCACAGACUCGGCAGGGCAAUCUAAAUCCCGACAUACACUUUCAACGACGCGGUUCUUCCUGCUGCUCUUCCAGAAAUACCGGAACUGUGGAGUGUCCAGUUGACAAACUUUUCCACCUGGACUCCAGAUCUCUGCAGGUCCUCUUGGGUCUCUUGGCUGCUUCUCUGGUUAAUGCUCACCCUACCUGACCUGACAUUUUUCUUCCACUUCACAAUUAUGCACUAAUUUCUGUUUGGACAUUCCGGCAAAAUACAUUAAUGUCUGCAGCUAUGAAGUUAAAACACUGUGAUAAAUCUCAAGCAGCACACAUGCUUUUGCAAGACAUAAUGACAUUUUAUCCUGAGCAAAAUGCACGUUUUUAGUCAACUGACAGUAUUAGUUGCCGACAAACGCGUU